GACCCUGUGAAACUGAAGCAUAGCGCAAUAAAACCUUCCACUUUAUUUUCAAGUGGAACUUACUCGCUCAGUGGUUGCCGAGUGGUUGAAAUUCAAUGUGCUUUCUCUCUAAGAAAUUAGUAAUUGAUUUACCUUUCUGAAGACAGGGUAAUCGAAUAAAUUCGUGACUAUAUAAAUAGGAGUAUAUAUCCAUGGUUCUACCAUGUCAACAGUGACUCUCCUUUCUUCAAAGUAACAUCGCGACUGCACCCCAACUGCACUGCACCCCACAGGACUCUUAUAAUCGAAGUUUAAUCUAACCCAGUUAAUAACGAACUCCAUUGGAAAAAAAAUAUAAUAAGAAGUUCCCCAAACGCAACAUUGAUACUUUUGCAUUUAACCCGUCAUCAUGGAAAUGGAUUCGAACACGACAAUGAACUCGACAUUGUCCGGGGAUACAGAGCCAUUUACGGCCAUCGACUACGUGGUUUUCAUUAGUAUGUUGGUAGCUUCGAUCAUCACAGGACUCUAUCACGCUUUUGCUGGGGGAGGACAGAAAACGACUUCAAGUUACCUACUCGCUGAUCGUAGUAUGAAUGGUUUCCCCAUCGCGUUGUCGACUGCUGUUUCAUUUCUGUCCGCCAUCACUCUCCUCGGCAUACCGUCUGAGAUCUACACCUAUGGUGUCCAGUAUUGGUGGACCAGUUUCGCCUUUAUCAUCAAGAUGUCUAUCACUGCGGUGAUAUUCAUACCUGUUUACUACGGGCUUGGUUUAAUCAGUGCAUAUGAAUAUCUUCAUCUCCGAUUUGGUGUGAUUGUACGGAUUGCUGGGACCGUUUUGUUCAUUCUACAGACGGAGUUCUACAUGGCUAUAGUGAUAUACGCCCCUGCAUUGGCAAUCCAAGCAGUAACUGACCUACCAAUUUAUGCAACUAUCCUUCUGAGCGGAGCAGUAUGCGUCAUUUAUACAGCAUUGGGAGGAAUCAAGGGUGUUAUUUGGGCUGACGUCUUCCAAUUCGCCGUCCUCUUCGUUUCCUUCGUCAUCGUAGUCGUACUCGGUUCUAUCCGCACUGGAGGUUUUGACUACGUUUGGGAGUACAAUAAACAAAAUGGUCACCUAAAUUUCUGGUGGUUUUCCUUAGAUCCUACCGUACGUAUAACAUUCUGGGGAUCAACAAUCGGAGCAGGAUUUGGUGGACUCACCCAGUACGCCGUCAGCCAAAUAGCAAUCCAACGCUUCCUCACUGCCAAGUCUAUCAAACACGCACGCAGGUCAUUGUGGUAUGGUAUACCAUGUUCAUGGUUCAUGGUAACGUUGGUGUCAAUCAGUGGUCUUGUCAUGUAUGCUUACUACAACAAUGACGAAACUGGGAGAGGUGAACCAAAUUAUACAAAAUCUGAUCAGAUCUUGAUAUUCUUUGUGAGUCAAGAGUUUGGAAAGAUUCCAGGAAUCCAAGGCCUCUUUAUCGCCGCGCUGUAUGCAGGAACGAUCAGCACAGUGACUUCUGGUUUGAAUUCACUCGCUGCUGUGACUCUUGUUGACAUCGUCAAACCGUGGAGGAGGUGGAGGUCGAGUCGUGUAGGGGAGGUCGUUGAGUAUGAAGAGACGGCUGAGCAAGACCAUCUCGAUACAAGACUCUCAAAAAUAUACACGGUUAUUUAUGGUGGUAUCACGAUUGGGCUUUCUUUCGUCGCCACGAAGUUGGGAACAUUGAUUCAGAUGACAAACUCCAUACUAGGACCUAUAGGUGGACCCAUUGUCGGCGUCUUCUCACUUGGUAUGCUCUACAAGAGAGCAAAUUCUGGAGGAGCAAUUGCAGGUCUUAUCGUUGGAUCUGUCGUUGGAAUAGGAUUGUCUGUUGGAUCGGCCAUUGACUCUGAUUUAUGGAUCUUGAAGAUAUCGUUUAUGUGGUAUAGCAUGAUAUCGUGUAUAACAACGAUAAUCAUUGGGAUCCUGACCAGUGAGAUAAUACGUCUGUUCAGUGAAAAAGAGAGAAAUCGUCAGAUUGACCCACUCUUGUUGGCUCCUUUCCUUCGUCCGAAGUCCCUGAACACACUUCCUAGCGGUGGCUCGUUUGAGUUGGAUGUGAAAGAUGAGAAGAAUGAAUCGGAAGAAAAUACCAACAUUUCAGAAGAUGUAAAAAGGGGAAAGAGUGAUUAUAAAAAUGACUAGUGGAAAACAUCGUCAGUACCACUGUAAAUGUUUUUCAGACUUAAGAAGAGAAUAGUUUGGAGCUACAGAGGGGUGAAAUUCAGAGGAUAUCUGUUUACAGAUACUUGGGGAGGGGUAACUCAUGUAUGGGGAAUGAGGGCAAGGUGCAGGUCGUUGAUUUUCACCGAAAUUAGUCCAUGACAAUUUGAAAUUAUCGAGAGUUAAGGGUAAAAAAAUCAGGCGAAUAUUCCCCUAAACAUUCUUUUUACCACUUUUUAAAUGUACGUGAUUGCAUUUUGGCGUCAUACAAAAUAAUCAAACUGAUACCACUAAAAUGCAACGUACACAAACACAAACAACACACCAAUAUGUUCUCCAUUACAUAAAUUUGAAUCACGAAAGCAAUUUAAGUGAUGGAGACAAAGUAAGUUCUGUAAGUAAUAGGCCUAUAUCCUAUAUCACUUUUGUUACAUUGUGAUUAAAAAAGAACAAAAACAUUUAAUAAAGGUCUACUGUGUGCGUAGGCAUACAUUUGUAAUGGGCAAUGAAGAUGAUGCUUUCCUCUUGUGUAUUAAUAAGGUAAAUUGUGACAUUUUCUUAUCAUAUUGAUUGUUAAUAUGUGAAUUAUAAAGUUGUUUUGUAAAAUGUGGUUUAUCAUGUAAACAUUUAUGUACCUUGCACACCGUUUGCAUUAUCAAUUAUAGAGAGUGGUUAUUGAACAGUGAGACAUGUCGAAAAAUAUCUGAAAGCUGAUCUAUUUUUGCCUUCUGGAACCGAGCUGUCCCUGGACAAAAUAUAUGAACAAUCCAACAAAAAGACCAAAAUCUUCAAAUUCAUAAUUAUUAAAGUACCUGUUAUUCGUAUAUCAUUAU